CAUCUACACGUGCCAAAGGCAAUUCCGGUAGAUGGGCGGACUUUUAUGGGAAACAAGCGGUUCUUGCUGUGUGUAGCAUUAGCAUGGCAGGAAGUUUAUGGAGUUUGAUUCACUUCACGGGGUACAGUCUGCCUUUUGUGAUGGCGAGGGCCUGGCUCAUAUCUCACCUGUUGAUGCUGCGGAUAACUCCGUCUAACGGUUUAGUCCAUACAGGUCCUCUACCCCAUACUCCUUCCACUCCCCGGUGUUCUAUCCCCUAUAGCAUUAAUGAAGACUUGACCAUUCAAUGUUCCUGGGACCCAGGGCCAGAACAGGAUCCAGGUCUUCUCACAUCCUACAGCAUUCACUGGGCCGCAGACCUAGAUACCAAAACCUACAGUGUGUCUGAGCGGUCCAGUGGUGUCAUUCCUCGUGAUGAUUACCCUAGUCACAGAACAUUAUGGGUGUGGGUGGUGGCUAAGAACCAGUACGGCUCUGCCCAGUCUGACAAUGCCACCUUCAGAACAGAUCUGAUCCGGGUGCCUCCCGCUCCCAUUAUCACCGAGUUCACUAGUGAUUACCUGGAGAUUACCUGGGGCUCUGGCUGCAGCCUGCUUAAAUUGUCUGAAGGAGACUGUGAUGUCCGCUACCGUUCUGAGGGCCAGCAAAAAUGGUCUGAGGUGGUGAACAACCUCCAAACGAGAUUUGAGCUCCUGAGGCCACUGCCAUUCACCAAGUAUGAGUUCCAGGUACGGUGUGGAUGUAAGGAUACCAUCUUGAGUGAGUGGAGCUCAGUGCAGAGAGUUGGGCCUUCAGGACAGAUGGAUGUGUGGUGUGACUGUGAAAGCCUCUCUGACCUCUCUAAAUGUGCUUUGAUGUGGAAGCUGCCACCUCCCCCUGUGGUGCAUGGGCUGAGAUACGUGGUGACGGUUUCAUACACCAAUGGCACUGUGGAAAUUGUCAAUGUGUCCACGACAGUUGAUGGGGGCCGGUCGGGUUGUAAGGGAAAACAGUGUAAUCUCCGUUCCUCUCUUCUGGGUGUGUCAGGAGUGCACGUGUCAGCACAGACCUCGCAUGGCACUACAGAACCCACUUCCUUAGCUCUACCGACACUAGGCGUACAAGGCCAAGAGCCACACAUCAUUUGUAACAUGGAUGAAGUGAGCCUGUUGGUAUCAUGGAAUCUGUCCUCCCAAUUCACCAACAAGCUGCUGGGGCUAGUGGUGCAGUACAAGCAGGCAGGACUUCCUCCAUCCCAGGGGUUUUGUUGGAGGAAAGUACACAACAACAGCCAGACGUCAAUCCCUUUGCCAGGUUCUUUUGAAAAUUACACUUCCUACAUUGUGUCGUUGUUUGGAGUAUUAGGAAACAGUUCUGUGUUCCUUUCAUCCACUACUGCAUAUGCACGAGAAGGAGCCCCUCCCCAGGUACCCUUCAUCAAGAUCCAUGACAUCACUGACUCUCAGGUGACCUUCACCUGGGGUCACAUCCCCCUGAGCCAAACCAGAGGUGUCAUCCUGCAAUACCUUCUGGAAGUAGACGACCAGACAGUGGGAAAUGUGAGUGCAGAGAAGAACAGCUACGUGAUAUCAGCUCUCUCCCCUGGCCGUUCCUACCAAGUGGGGAUCCGAGCUGUAACUAAAGCUGGGUCUGGACAAGCUAAAAUCAUCUACAUCACCACCAAGGACAAGCAGGACUACGAUAUAACAAUGUACAUAUUAAUCAUACCGGUCAUAAUCUUGCUAUUGAUGGGGUUUGCCUACAAGGUGCUUGUGGGGUGUGAUAAAGUGCCUGACCCCAAAAACAGCCAACUGUUCCAACAGAUGACAAAGUCCCAGGUCAGUCGCUCCUUUAUCUGCGCUCCUUCAGAGCCAAGUCCCAAGAUCUCUCAGCUGGAGGUGGUCCAAAUCGAGCCUCAGGAUAUCAAGGCCUUCCCUGGGAAAACAAAUAAUCUGAUGGAAACGGGGAAUGAGGAGGAGUGCAUAGGAACAGGGACCGAAGAAGAGAAAAAAAAUGCGGACAUGGAAAGGGGAUGGAUACAAAUAAAGGGGAAGGGUAAAUUUUAUGAAGAAGCUUACAGUACAAUGAUUGACACUGAUGAAGAGAAGAUUGGAGGUGACAUGGCUAGUUUGUCAGAGGAGGAAACGUUUUUUCAAGACUAUGAGAAGCACUUCAUGCCUAGUGCUGUGGAUGUAUGACCCCUUCAUAGAGUUGUAAAUCAAUUAUUCUACCUCUACCCCACCUAGUUGUGUGGUUGUUAAUGCAAACUAGUAUGACUAUGUUGUAUAGAUAUGUUCUUACCCUGCAUUUUUUUCUAACAUGUAAAUGGGUAUGCAGACACAAAGUGAUGAUUAAUAAGGGACUGUACUAUUUCUAUUGGUUCUGAACUUUGACUCAAGUUAUCUUUGACAGAAAUACAGCUGCACAGCUAUGUUCAGGAGAAAAUCUCAUACGUGUCUUUAUGCAUAUAAGUAUGUGUGUGGUAGGGAUGUUUUAAGAAUCAAGGGAAGAUAAAUGUACUGUACUUAAGUAAUCUAUGAAGAGGGUUCUCUCUAUAUGAGCAUGACCAGAGCUUUAAAAAAAUACAUCUCAAGAUUGUACAUGGAUGGUAUUGUUUCACAGACUUCUGAGCCAUACUUCCAAUGUGACAUACAAAAUGUUUUGUUGUCCUGUUUCUUAAAUAAAACUUUUUUAGUUAUAUAGUA